AUGGGCUACACAACUGUCCGCAUCCACCUGCACAAGGCGACAGACCUCCCAGCCGCCGACUUUGGCAUCAUGGGCGGCAAGGCCGAUCCAUACAUUGUAUUCUCCCUCGGCGUGCACCAAGCACGCAGCACAUGCGUCCGCGGCAGCUUGAAUCCAGAAUGGACCCAUGCCCACUUCGAAUUGAAAGUCGAUGCCGAGCGGUACGCGACGUCAACGUUGGAUGCGAGCGUGUGGGACAACGACAAGCUCCGCAAGGACGACUUGCUUGGUAUGGUGUCCAUCCCGGUCAAGGACAUCGCGGAAAAGCAUGUGACCUGCACGGCGUAUGACAUCACACUGGAACCCAAGUUUCUACCGCGCCAACCCAGAGUACCAGUCGCGCCCAGCCGAAUUCACAUGACGGUGCAAGUGCUCGCAGCGACCGAGGCUGCAGACGUGUUGUACUAUGAAGUGUGGGAGAACGAACGGUACGGCUCCACGAGUGUCUACAGCAUCCUCAAGCGAAAGUGGAGCAGCCACAACUUGAAACGAGCAUCUGGCGACCCGAAGCGAUGGCUGUGUUCAUCGUCCAUGUCCUCCAUGCUAGGAGACACCCUCCUCGAAUCCGACAAGUUCGACGACGUUAUCCCGACCAUACCGGCUGGGUAUAUGCAAGUGGAAGGCUGGCAUUACGUCAAGACGUCUGGGGACCUCCAAGGCUGGGUGUACUCGCGGUCAUUUGAAGGCCCGUGGUUUGAAGAGCCCAUGACAUCGUUUUACGUGCGUCGACGGAAAUGGAUGCAAGUGCUGCAUCGUCGUCAAGAGCUCUAAAUAAGAGUCAAUUUACCUGUCAUAUUCGCUCG